GACAGACCACUCUUUAAUCUCUUUCUCUUUCCCUAUAUUCCUCCAAAAUGCCGACGGGAAAGCCUGAUCUGUCUGGCUACAACUAUGGGGCCAUCUCGUCCCUCGUACUCACCGCAGACAAGUCAGGACUGCCACGACGAGACCGUGAACCUGAUGGUGCUCCCGAAUCUCUGGUGGGACGUAUUAAUCCGAAAGAGAUGGGCUCGCGCGUACAGCGCUCGACGCCAAAAGAUUUGGAGAAGAAGAAGAAAAAAGCGACGGAACGUCAAGAGGGUGCUGAGCGACCAACGCGACGGAAAGCAGCCGAGGCAGCUGGCUUUGGGUUCACGGAUAUCAUCGAGGCAACGCAGGACGUAGAAGGUCUGACCUAUCGACCUCGGACGGCUGAAACGCGGGAAGUUUAUGAGCUUAUUCUUGCAACCGUACAUCAGACACUGGGGGACCAGGCGAUGGACAUUGUACGCAGCGCUGCAGACACUGUGCUUGAGACGCUCAAGAAUGAGUCGCUGAAAGACUUCGACAAAAAGAAAGAAAUCGAGGAGAUUUUAGGCUCGGUUCCCAACGAAGCUUUCUCACAACUCGUCAACUUGUCGAAGAAGAUAACUGACUAUGGUGUCGAGGAUGCUGACAUGGUGGAUCCGGAUAUGGAGCGCAAAGACGCGGAAAUUGAUGAUGAGUUAGGCGUUGCCGUUGUCUUCGAUGAAGAAGAGCAAGAGGAGGAGGAAGAUGAGGGAUUCGAAGUUCGCGAGGAAUCAGACGAAGAUGAAGAGGAGGCCGAGCAGGUUGAAGCACCCGAAGGUGCUGAGGAAGAAGAGGAACUUGUUUUCGGCACGGGAGCAACUGGUGACCGUGCCAAGAAACAAAAGGAGGACCAGGAAAUCGUUGCUCCACAUGAGAUAGAUGGAUUCUGGGUACAACGGCAGGUCACUGAGGUGUACCCCGACCCCGUAACUGCGACCGAGAAGGCGACUGCCGUGCUGUCCAUUCUUGGUUCAGAAUCGUCUCUCCGAGAUUGCGAAAACCAACUCAUGGAGCUCUUUGAGUAUCAGAGCUUCGGGUUAAUCACCAAAUUCCUGAAGAAUCGUGAGGUCAUUGUCUGGUGCACCAAGCUCGCUCGCAGUGAUGCAGAUGAACGUGUUAAUGUCGAGGUAGCAAUGCGUGAGAAGGGCGUGGGCUGGAUUCUCCGUGAACUGGCUGGAGACCGAAAAGCAAAGGCGGCUGCAGCUGGCGAGGUAAUGGAUGUCGACGAGAAGCCCCAAGUCCAACAAAACGUACCCAAGACAGGUACUCUGGCCCCGGGUUCUACAGCACAACCAAGACAAAUGCUGGACCUGGAGGGCAUGGCGUUCAGCCAGGGCGGUCAUUUGAUGUCAAACAAAAAAUGUAAACUACCUGAAGGCUCGUUCAAACGCUCAAAGAAAGGCUACGAGGAAAUUCACGUUCCUGCCCCGAAGAAAAAGGACUUGGAUUCUUCUGAGCAAGUGCCGAUUUCCUCUCUUCCAGAGUGGGCGCAAGCGGCUUUCCCGGGAAUCAAGCAUCUUAAUAGGGUGCAGAGCAAGCUGUACCCUAUUGCUUUUGGUCAGGACGAUCCGAUUCUUCUUUGUGCCCCCACUGGUGCCGGAAAGACGAAUGUCGCCAUGCUCACAUUCCUCAAUGAACUGUCAAAAGUUCGUGACGAAGAGACUGGCGAGUUUGACCUCGAUUCGUUCAAGAUCGUUUACGUUGCGCCGAUGAAAGCGUUGGUCCAAGAGAUGGUUGGCAACUUCGGAAAGCGCUUGGCACCUUAUGGUGUCAAAGUCAGCGAACUUACCGGUGACCAUCAACUCACGAAGCAACAGAUCGCCGAGACGCAAAUUAUCGUGACCACACCUGAAAAGUGGGAUGUCAUCACCCGUAAGAGCACGGACAUGAGCUACACGAAUCUCGUACGACUCAUGAUUAUUGAUGAAAUUCAUCUACUCCAUGAUGAGCGUGGGCCUGUUCUAGAGAGUAUCAUUGCAAGGGCGAUUCGUCGUAUGGAGCAGACGAACGAUUACGUACGUCUUGUUGGACUUUCUGCUACGCUACCAAACUACCAGGAUGUUGCUACUUUCCUUCGCGUCGACGAGAAGAAGGGUCUAUUCUAUUUUGACGCUUCUUUCCGUCCUUGUGGGUUGCAGCAGCAAUUCAUCGGUGUCACCGAGAAGAAAGCCAUUAAACGAUAUCAGGUCAUGAACGAGGUUUGUUACGAGAAGCUUCUCGAGCAGGCCGGGAAAAAUCAGACACUUGUCUUUGUUCAUUCGCGCAAGGAGACCGCGAAGACGGCUAAGUUCAUCCGCGAUAUGGCUAUCGAGAAGGAGACAAUCACGCAAUUCGUUCGAGCCGAAGCCGCUACACGCGAGAUCCUUGAGCAAGAAUCCCAAAAUGUGAAGGAUCCUAAUUUGCGUGAUUUGUUGCCAUUCGGUAUUGCGAUUCAUCAUGCUGGGAUGUCUCGUGAGGAUCGUGGGCUUGUUGAAGAUCUCUUUGAUGAUGGCUCCGUUCAGGUUCUCGUCUGUACUGCUACGCUCGCGUGGGGUGUCAAUUUGCCAGCGCAUACCGUCAUCAUUAAGGGUACGCAGAUCUAUAACCCGGAGAAGGGUCGUUGGGUAGAGCUGUCCUCGCAGGAUGUAUUGCAGAUGCUCGGUCGUGCCGGUCGACCACAGUACGACACAUUUGGUGAAGGAAUUAUCAUCACCAAUCAUUCAGAAUUACAAUACUACCUCAGCUUAAUGAACCAACAACUGCCGAUCGAGUCACAGUUCGUCUCGAAACUGGCCGACAAUCUUAAUGCUGAAAUCGUCCUUGGUACCAUUCGGAAUCGUGAUGAAGCCGUGCAGUGGCUUGGUUACACAUACUUAUAUGUGCGGAUGCUUAAGUCCCCGAGCCUGUAUAGCGUCGGACCAGACUACCUCGAUGACGAUCCUAUGCUCAUUCAAAAACGUGCGGACAUCGCGCAUUCUGCGGCAGCGCUCCUAGAAAAGUGCAACUUGAUCAAGUAUGAACGCCAGUCUGGAAAGUUCACAUCAACAGAGUUGGGAAGGAUUGCCUCGCAUUUCUAUGUGACGUAUAACUCGAUGGCGACAUACAAUCAGCACCUGCGACCGACAAUGACCACCCUCGAGCUCUUCAGAGUAUUUGCACUGUCAAAUGAGUUCAAACUCAUUCCGGUUCGUCAAGACGAGAAGGUGGAGCUUAGUAAACUCCUUGAGCGUGUCCCGAUUCCGGUGAAGGAGAGCGUAGAGGAGCCAGCAGCGAAGAUCAAUGUGCUAUUGCAGGCGUAUAUCUCACAACUCAAACUAGAAGGAUUUGCACUCGUUGCUGACAUGGUGUUCGUGCAGCAGUCUGCCGGACGUAUUCUUCGCGCCAUGUAUGAGAUUUGCCUGAAACGUGGCUGGGCUAUUCCUACACGUGCUGCUCUCGACCUUUGCAAGAUGGUGGAGAAACGUAUGUGGGGUUCAAUGACCCCGUUGCGUCAGUUCAAAGGUGUCCCUGCGGAGGUCAUACGCAAAGCUGAAGGAAAGCAGUUCCCUUGGUAUCGUUACUUCGAUUUGACGCCGCCCGAGAUUGGUGAGCUGAUUGGCAUUCCAAACGCCGGCAAACUAGUCCACCGCCUUGUCCAUAAUUUCCCGAAGUUGCAUCUACAGGCACAAGUACAGCCUAUCACGCGGUCGCUCUUGCGUAUAGAUCUGUCGAUUACGCCUGACUUCCGCUGGGACGAAAAAGUACAUGGCGGUGCUGAACAAUUCGUAAUCAUGGUUGAAGAUGUCGAUGGGGAAAUCAUCCUCUUCCACGAUACGUUCGUCCUUCGGCAGCGCUAUGCAGAGGAUGAGCAUAACGUCACAUUGACGGUGCCGAUGUUUGAACCAGUGCCACCGAACUACUACGUCUCUGUGGUCUCAGAACGCUGGUUGCAUUCAGAGACGCGCCUUCCGAUUUCCUUCAAACACUUGAUCUUGCCAGCCAAGUUCCCUCCACCCACAUCGCUCUUGGAUUUACAACCGCUUCCGCUUUCCGCUCUUCAUAACAAAGAGUUCGAGAGUAUCUAUUCAUCGACAAUCAAGAACUUCAACAAGAUCCAAACUCAAGUGUUCCAGGCCCUAUACACAACUGAUGACAACGUCUUCAUUGGUGCACCGACGGGCAGUGGCAAAACCAUUUGCGCUGAGUUCGCGCUCUUGCGAUUGUGGUCGAAACGCGACCCUCCACGCGCGGUCUGUAUUGAACCGUUCCAAGACAUGGUUGACCAGCGAGUUGCGGAAUGGCGGGCUAAGUUCGGCAAUCUUCAAGAUGGGAAGGAAGUAGUCAGCUUAACGGGCGAAACGAGUGCGGACUUGCGCCUUCUCGAAAAGGGUGAUGUAAUUGUUUGCACUCCGGUCCAAUGGGAUGUAUUGUCCCGUCGGUGGAAGCAGCGAAAGAACGUACAGAAUGUCGGUCUGCUCAUUGCAGAUGAAGUGCAGCUCGUUGGCGGGGAGAUUGGACCUGUAUACGAAGUCAUAAUCUCACGAACGAGAUACGUAUCUGCUCAGACCGAGACUAAGACGAGAAUUGUCGCUUGCAGCGUAUCUCUUGCGAACGCUCGGGAUCUAGGUGAUUGGAUGGGUGUACCAAGCCAUGCCAUCUUCAACUUCCCGCCUAGUGCUCGUCCGUUGGAUAUGGACAUCCACUUGCAGAGCUUCUCUAUUCCGCACUUCCCUUCGUUGAUGAUAGCCAUGUCGAAACCGGCAUAUCUUGCAAUCUCUGAAUAUUCGGUUGUCAAACCCGUCAUUAUCUUCGCGCCGUCUCGCAAGCAGUGUGCCAUGACUGCAAGUGACAUCUUACUCCACGCCUUGGCUGACCGAGACGAGAAUCGAUUCCUCAAUAUCGAGGAAGAGGAUCUCCAGCCACACUUGGAUCAUGUUACUGAUCGUUCGCUCGUGGAAAAUUUGAGACACGGAGUCGGCAUCUACCAUGAAGCUCUGAAUAAACAAGACAAGAAGAUCGUGGAACGAUUGUUCCAAGCGGGAGCAAUCCAGGUUGUCGUUGCUUCCAGAGACGUUGCCUGGAGUAUUCCAUUAUCCAGCUAUAUGACCAUCAUUAUGGGUGUUCAAUACUUUGAGGGCAAGGAACAUCGCUAUGUCGACUAUCCAGUCACAGAUGUCUUGCAAAUGAUGGGCAAAGCUUGUCGACCAUUGGAGGAUGAUCGUAGCCGAUGUGUUCUGAUGUGCCAACAGACGAGAAAAGACUUCUACAAGAAGUUCCUAAGUGAAGGCUUGCCUAUAGAGUCUCACUUGCCAACACACAUGUUGCACGAUUAUUUCCUUGCAGAGAUCGCUGUCAAGACCAUCGAGAACAAACAGGAUGCAAUGGAUAUAUUGACCUGGACCUACUUCUACAGGCGGAUGACACAAAAUCCGAACUAUUACAACCUGAGCGCUGUUAGCCAUCAGCAUCUCUCAGACCAUUUAUCCGAGCUUGUGGAGAAUACGCUUAAUGAUCUUGUUCAGUCGAAAUGUAUUGCUAUUGAGGAUGAAAUGGACGUUUCGGCACUGAACCUCGGAAUGAUCGCUGCCUACUACAAUAUAUCCUACGUCACUGUAGAGGUGUACACUCUUUCGUUGAAGGAGCGAACUAAGCUAAAAGGUCUACUCGAAGUCGUCGCUUCUUCCGCAGAGUUCGAAUCCAUUCCCAUUCGUCGACACGAAGAUGUUAUUCUCCGACGCAUUUAUGAUCGUGUUCCCGUCAAACUUGACCGACCCGACUUUGAAGCACCACACUUCAAAACCUUCUUGCUCCUCCAGGCUCACUUCUCGCGAUUGCAGCUUCCUCCCGACCUUGCGUCAGAUCAGGCGCUCGUGCUCGAGAAGGUGUUGAAUCUGCUGUCUGCUUGCGUUGACGUUAUGUCAUCAAAUGCUUGGCUGAGUGCCCUUGGGGCUAUGGACUUAUCGCAGAUGUGCGUGCAAGCCAUGUGGGAAACAGAUUCACCCUUGAAACAGAUUCCGCAUUUCGAGCCGGAUGUCGUUAAACGGUGCCAAGAAGCAGGCGUGGAGUCCGUAUACGAUAUUAUGGACAUGGAAGAUGACAAACGCAACCAGCUUCUGCAAAUGGACAACCGCCAAAUGCGCGACGUCGCUGCUUUCGUCAAUUCAUAUCCGACGCUAGAGGUGGAGCCGGAACUCGUGAAAGGUGACUACACGGCCGGAGCAUCCAUUGUACUCCAAGUUGCUCUCUCCAGAGAUGCAGACGAGGAUGACGAGGACGAUCAGCGCGUCGUUGCGCCGUUUUAUCCAGGUCGUAAGAUGGCGAACUGGUGGCUCGUUGUUGGUGAACCCAGCACAAAACAACUGUUGUCAAUCAAGCGAGUCACAGUCAAGAAGAGUCUCGGUGUCAAGCUCGAGUUCACACUUCCUAAGGGCAAGCACUCGCUCAAACUCUACGUUAUUUGUGACUCCUACAUGGGUGCGGACCAUGAUAUCAACCUGGACCCGAUUGACGUUGCAGAAGGUGAAGACAGCGACGAAGACAUGGAUAGCGAUGAGGAGAUGUCGGAGUAGAUUAAGCUUUGUAGGGCGGGAGUAACUACUCCUUUGUCCCAUUUGCUUGUGUAUUAUUUUUUAUUCAUUGAGACGUACUACUUGUUUUGCAAUGUGUAAUAUGAAACUAAUCGCAAUUUCGGUGCGAU